CUGAGUAAUAGUAACUCUAGAGACCCGUGGAUUCGAUAUUUAUUACUUGUACCACUAUACUGCAGUCCCUUUCAUUGGUUACACUUGGCCAUUGUUAGGUGUUGUGUUUUAGCGAGUCAAGUUUUUGGCGCCGUUGCCGGGGACUUUCUAGAGUAUUAGGAAAGGCAGAAGUUUGUUACUUUAGCGUUUUUAUUUUCUUUUCUUUUCCACCCUUGCUUUUCACUUGGGUGUUUUGGUUUUGUGGUGCAGAUCUGAAUCAUGGAUCCUAAUGGCUUCUCCAAUCAUUGGGGGUAUCCACCACCAUCCGGGUGGUAUUACCCCGCGGCUCCCUACAGCAAUCAAGGAGGAGAAGACUAUGGAUUCGGGUUCCAGUACCAACCCCCUUUCUACGGAGAACAACCAGACCCCUGGGCAUAUCAAGAACAACCUCAUUACCAAGAAGACUUUCUCCCACAACCAGAAGGGCCGUCGGAGCUGGAGUUACCCAUGGCGGCCUUCACGGGCCACUAUGCAGAGCCAUGCUACACUUCACUAGAAGAUCCGAACAAACAAUUAAGGCUUCUCGUGGAGCAGUUUGCUCGAGACACUGAGAGAUCAUGCUCCAAGAUGGAUCUUCAAAUCAAAGCCCUUGCCACUUCCGAUCCCUCAUUUCUCCAUGAUAUGGAGGAGACUGUUCAGCGCUCAUCGAAGCAAACAGAGUGGGUGAAGCAAGUUUGCUCACAUCUUGCUCAAGAUCACCUUUCUGCUACCACGCUAGAAGAGGUGGAGGAUGACAAAGGCUAUGGGAGCGUUGAGGAGCAUACAGAAGUUAUCACAGAGAACUCCCAUGAUAACAAUGAUCAGGAAAGUCCUUUGGUUGCAGACCACACCUUUCCUCAUUUAUGCUCUAACAUGUUGGGCCCGUGCGAGGAGAUGCAAGAUGAUCCCAUUGAAGAAAUUGCUUGGCGACUUGCUCUCCAAUAUGUUCUAGAAGAAGAAGAGCGAGCAAGGAUGAGGAAGAAAGUUGUGGAUGAUGAGGAAGAAAGAAAAGAAGAGGUGGUUCUUGAUCUUUUCCCAGGGGAGAGACCACAUUUUGAAGAAGGAAGGGGGGUUGAGGAAGCAAUUGGCGUCCAGGCUGAGGAUGAAGUUGAGGUGGAAGAGGCAUGCACCGGCCAUGAGUUGCAAGUAAUAUCCCCACCAAACUUUGAGGAACUGCUUGGCAAGGACCCAUUUGCAGUGUCUCUUUGCCAGACCAAGGCCACAUCGACAUCGGUCCCUCUUGGUGGACGCGAUGGUGGCCAAUCGAUGCUGUCAUAUCUGGUUUGGGGCAAUGAGACGAGAGAAGAGAAGAAGAGGUCUCGAGGGUGGAGACUUCAUCUGCAUCAAGUACAUGAGCCUUCAUCACCUGCCACACCACAUGCUCGUGACUUGAGACUCCACCUCAUCGACGAGAACGUCAACUUCAAGGAGGUUCUAGCAUGGACCGAAACUUAGGAGCCAUCGUCCGGCUCACGACGUGAAAGAAGCGCUUGUUGGGAGGCAACCCAACCAGUCGGUUUGCAUUUCUUUCUCUAUUUCUCCUCGGUUGAGCCAGUUUUGUUAUUUGAUUUUAGAGUCAAUAACUCAACCUUUGUGAGAUUUUGUGUGGUGUUUGUGUUCUGAUUACUCUCUCUUCCUGGACUGCACUGCCUGACCCGUACAUCAUCAUUCACCCUUGAUCUGGUAACUUCGUUCAACCCUCCUUAUCUUUCCUCCAUUGAGGACAAUGUCGUGCUUAAGUGUGGGGGGGUGUUCGAUUAUGUAUGCGGGUGAAUGUUUGGCUGUUUGUGUGCUUGGAGCCUAGUCCACUGUCCAAAUCUCGAGAUUUGAGGGCUCCAAGUACUGCUGUUUGAUCAUAUUGGCACUGUGUUUUGAGUGAUGAAUUGAAUGGUUUUCGGAUUGAUGCAUGACAGCUUGAUUGUGACUAGGACAACCUAUGAUGAGGACUAAGAUGUGCAGUAGAGUUGUGUAGGGGUUCAGUUUUCCAACUGUUUGCUUACCAACUGUGACUUGAAUUGAUUACUUGUUCUUGACAGUCUCUUAUGCAUCUAGUUCAGGGUAUCAGAAUGUGAGAUAGAGCAUAUAGGUAGCCAUGUGAGAUUUGAGCCUGCUCGUUUCUUUCUUGUGCGAUAGAUCCCUCUUCCAUGAUGUGUAGCAUUCACGUUGUCACUAGCUAGGAUGAUGGGGGCAUAGGAUUAGCCCAUGACCAAAUUUGACUGUCCUGAUGUGUCAUAUCCCCGAGUCAGCCCCUUUGAGCCGUGUGUUAUCCUUUCUUUUUGGUCUAUAAUGGAAAAAAUCACCCCUGUUUACAUCUUUUAGAAGGUUCCACAGAGUGGUUUUUGCAUAUUCUCUGCUGUUUCUGCUAAAUUGAAUGUGAGUGUUGGAGGUAGUGCUUAAAAGUUGGGCAGAUGUUUGAAAUAUAUGCAGAAGUGGUGGCUCUCUUAAGAAAUGAAAAGAAAAUGA